AUGGAGGAAACUCUGCAAGCACUCAAUGAUCUGAUUUCCCAGUUCCUGAGCUUGGAUCGGUCUCUCUGGUCCAGUUCUGAUGAUGCUGACGCCUUUUUAGAAGCUGUGGAUGAACUAACUUCCACCAUCCAUGGCCUUGAGAACACCUCAGCGGAUCAUGUGCUCCUUGAGAGCUUUGAUCUCCUUCUAGAGCGAUGUUCCACGAGGCUUAAGGUUGAGUUCCAGCAACUGGUGGGUACAUCUGGCUUCAGUGAUGACCAUGGUGACCACAAUUUCAAGAGAAGCCAAAAUGAAGAUGACAACCACACCUUUGUAGUCCAACCAGUUAGAAACUUUGACAUCAUUGUUGAUGCCUUACCAGAGGGUGUAGUCACUGAGGCAAAUCGAAUCGCAAGAAGGAUGAUCGCUGCUGGUUUUGGUGAUACAUGCGCGGAGACCUAUGCUUCUGCACGCCGCAACUUCAUUGAUGAGAGUAUUGCUCGACUUGGGGUUAAUGCUCAUUUCGAAGAAUUGUGCAAGUCAACAUCAUGGGAGGAGCUUGAGACUCAGAUCAUGCGCUGGAUACCUGCAAUACGUGUUGUGUUCCACAUCUUAAUCCCAAGUGAGCGUCACCUAUGCAAUUGCAUUUUUGAAGAAUUUACAUCCUACACUAACCUUGCCUUUGCUGCUGCAUGCAAACCAUUUCUUCAACUCCUGUCCUUUGCCAAAGUUAUUGCUGCUGCUGGACAUAACCCGGAGUGUCUCUUCCGCAUAGUUGACAUGUAUGAUGCUUUAACUGAUAUUCUUCCUGUCCUUGAUGAAGCCUUUGAUCAUGAGGUAGCUGCUCUUCGUGAAUGCCUUGGAUUGUCAAUUAAGGGCAUAUUUGUGGCUCUAGAAAAACUGAUACGCUGUGAUCCAUGCGAGUCUUCACCACGAGAUGGUGGAUUGCAUCCGAUAACAAGGGUAAUAUCUGCAAAGGUUCAGCAAUGGGUGUUGGAAUACCGCCGGGCUACCUGGGGGAGGGCCAUAGCGAUACUUGAGACUGACAGAAGAUCUGACAGUAGUUUGAGUAUUAUGUUAGAGAAACUGAACCACUUCCAUAACUUUGUGGAAGCGAUUUGCCAGGUGCAGUCACGGUGGGUACUGGUGGAUAAGCAGCAAGCAGUGAAUUUGAGCAUUAUGGUUGAGGAGCUGGUUAUUCCAGUGUACAGGGAUACAACUGAGAUGUUAAAGGCAACAGAGGCUGUAGGGGUUUCAUAUGUGCGACCUGAGGACGUGAAGUCACGGAUUCAGCGGUUGUUCAAAGCAAUGGCCAAGUCAUAG